AUGUCUGUGUUGAAAAAUUUAGAAAGUGAAGAUAACGCUAAAGCUCAAGUGCGUUCGAUCCUCGGGCCAACAAAAGACGCGGAAUUCCUUCAAAGUUUUGUAAGAGUCGGUGUUGGAGAUGACGAUGAUGAACUACCUAUUCCUAAAGCUUCUAUUAGUAAGAGAGCGCCGUUGCAGGCAGAAAAGACAGAAACGGCAGAAUCUUUCCUUGAAGAGGAAAAGUUCUCAACUACAGGAAGGAAGGAAUCAGUCCAGCCUCAAAAAAGAAGGUUUCGUCGCAAGCCAAAGCGUGAAAGACGUAGACGUGAAGAAGAAUUAUACACGGAUAAAGACAGGGCAGCCGCCGUCGUGAUGGGAAAUAAGGACAUAAAAUUUUCCCUCAAUAUGAAGGAUAAGGCAGAAAGAAGUAAUGCUCUGCAGAUACCGGUGGAGGCAGAUGCUGGUACUCUACUUGCUUUAGCUCGAGCUGAGAUGAUGAGAGAGCGGUAUCGGACAGCUUUGUCGUUUGUUGACAAGGCUAUCGAACUAGCACCAGAAGAGAAAGCAGCUUAUGUAGCUCGCAGUAGGUGUUACCUAUUGCUCGGUGAGCCCCGCAAGGCUUUAGGGGAUGCUGAGGAAGCGCUCAAACUCGACCCAAAACAUGCUAAAGCAUUACUUCAGAAGGCGGAAGCAUUGUACUAUUGCGGCGAAUUUGAACUAAGCUUGGUACAUUACCAUCGAGGACUGCGUGCGCGACCAGAUUUGAAUGAAUUCAGACUUGGCGUCCAAAAGGCACAGGAGGCUAUUGAAAACACAAUUGGAGCAGUGAAGCCAGUUAAGAAAACAGCAAAACUUAAAACAGUAAAAUCAUCACGACCAGUACUGGGUCAACUCAUGUCAGAUAAGAUCUACCUAGAAAACUUGCUAAAGAACCCCGAUCUAGCAAUUGCUGAUAAGAAAAAUGACGUCGUUUUGAAGCAAGCGGAAGAAGCUAUUCGGUUUUUAGAAAAUAGAGAAGAAUUUUGGAGACAACAACAGACAGCCAAACGACAU